UUCUUUUUGGUAAUUCUUCGUUGUCCAGCCGCCAAAGUGGAGAGUGUGAUUGCAGAAGGGGGCGCUUCUCGUUUCAGUGCUUCUUCGGGAGGGGGAGGAGGUCGGGGUGCACCUCAGCACCAUCCCAAGACUGUCGGCAACAGCGAGUUCCUGGGGAAACCCCCAGGAUCUAGCGUUCAGAGAUGGGUACCUUCACGAAGCACUAGACGAGAUGUCAACGCCUCCAAUGAAAAAGAACGACAUGAUGCAAUCUUCAGGAAAGUGAGAGGCAUACUUAAUAAGCUGACCCCCGAGAAGUUUGACAAGCUAUGCCUUGAGCUCCUGAAUGUGGGCGUAGAUUCAAAACUCGUCCUAAAAGGAAUCAUCUUGCUGAUCGUUGACAAAGCCCUUGAAGAGCCUAAGUAUAGCUCCCUAUAUGCUCAGCUAUGUCUGCGAUUGGCAGAGGAUGCACCAAACUUUGACGGCCCAUCACCGGAGAUCCAAACAUCACAAAAGCAGAGCACCACAUUCAGGAGACUUCUGAUUUCUAAGCUCCAAGAUGAAUUUGAGAACCGUGCCAGAAAUGUUGAAAUCUAUGACAAACAUGACAACCCUCUUACCUCUGAGGAGGAGGAGCAGCGUGCCAUUGCCAAGAUCAAAAUGCUGGGCAACAUCAAAUUCAUUGGGGAACUUGGCAAGCUUGAUCUUAUCCAUGAAUCUAUACUUCAUAAGUGCAUCAAAACACUUUUGGAAAAGAAGAAGAGAGUCCAACUUAAAGAUAUGGGGGAGGAUCUGGAGUGCCUCUGUCAGAUAAUGAGAACAGUGGGGCCUAGACUAGAUCAUGAGAAAGCUAAGUCUUUAAUGGAUCAGUACUUUGGCCGUAUGCAGUCCUUAAUGAACAACAAGGACUUGCCAGCGAGGAUCCGUUUCCUGCUGCAGGAUACGGUGGAGUUGCGAGAGAACGAUUGGGUGCCUCGCAAGGCUUUUAUUGACAACGGACCAAAGACGAUUAACCAGAUUCGUCAGGAAGCAGUAAAGGAUUUGGGAGUUUUUAUUCCACCAAUGUCCCAGGGAAUGAGGACGGACUUCUUUCUGGAUGGCUCCUUCAUGCCAACCAGAAUGAAACUUGACAGGGAAACCGUUGGGGGGUUGGCCGAUAUGUUUGGACAAAUGCCAGUGGGGAGUGGGAUCGGCACUGGCCCUGGGGUGAUUCAGGACCGCUACUCCCCAACCAUGGGGCGUCAUCGCACAAAUCCGCUCUUCAACGGACACAGUGGGCACACCGCCCCUGCCCCGCAGUCCCAGUUUGACAUGGGAGGCAAGCCAUUUAUGAAAUCGAACCCGGGUCAGAAUCCGAUUUUCCAGAACCAGAACCACUCUGUGCAGCAGCAGGCCCAGUCCAAGGACAUGGCACCCCGCUUCAUCAAGAAGGGACAGCUCAACGCUGAUGAGAUCAGUCUUAGGCCGGCACAGUCAUUCCUUUUGAACAAAGUGCCAAAGUUGCAGCCGCAGAUCCCAACCAUGAUUCCUCCCAGCGCUCAACCUCCACGCACACAGACGCCACCACUGGGACAGCCUCCACAGCUUGGUCUGAAAACCAACCCUCCUCCUAUCCAGGAAAAACCUCCAAAGACCAACAAGAAACCACCUCCUGCAAAGGAAGAGUUGCUGAAGAUGACCGAGACCAUAGUGACUGAUUAUCUGAAUGGCAACAACAUUGAUGAAGCUGUGACUGGUGUGAGGGAGAUGAAGGCUCCCAAGCACUUCCUGCCUGAGAUGUUGAGCAAGAUUGUGAUCUGUUCUUUGGACCGCUCUGACGACGACAAGGAGCAAGCCAGCACCCUAAUCCACAACCUCCACUCAGAGGGCCUCAUCACUGGGGAGAACUUCAUGCAGGCUUUCCUCAGCGUCCUGGAUCAGUGUGCUAAGAUCGAGGUGGACAUCCCCCUGGUGAAGUCCUACCUGGCCCAGUUUGCGGCGCGCUCCAUCAUGGCUGAGCUGAUCAGCGUGGCGGAGCUGGCCCACCCCCUGGAGAACGGCACCCACUUCCCCCUCUUCCUGCUCUGCCUGCAGCAGGCGGCCAAGCUGAAGGACCGUGAGUGGCUGACCGACCUCUUCCAGCAGAGCAAGGUCAACAUGCAGAAGAUGUUGCCUGAGAUCGACCAGAACAAGGACCGGAUGCUGGAGAUCUUGGAGGGCAAAGGGCUGAGCUUCCUGUUCCCUCUGAUGAAGCUGGAAAAGGAGCUUCUGAAGCAGAUCCAGGCCGACCCCUCCCCCCAGUCCAUCUACAAGUGGAUCAAGGACAACAUCUCCCCCAAGCUCCACACAGACAAAGGAUUCGUCAACAUCCUCAUGACCAGCUUCUUGCAGUACAUCGCCCAUGAGAUCAACGCCGACGAGGACCAGCUCUCGGCCCCACCGAAGGAGCAGCUGGAGCAGGAGAAGCAGCUGCUGCUGGCCUUCAAGCCCGUCAUGCAGAAGUUCCUGCACGACCACAUGGACCUGCAAGUCAGCGCUCUGUAUGCCCUGCAGGUCCACUCCAAUGCUAAAGCUUUCCCUAAAGGCAUGCUACUGCGCUACUUUGUCAACUUUUAUGAUAUGGAAAUAAUUGAAGAAGAAGCCUUCCUCGCAUGGAAAGAAGACAUCACCCAAGAAUUUCCUGGAAAGGGAAAAGCAUUAUUCCAGGUGAACCAGUGGCUGACCUGGCUGGAGACAGCUGAGGAGGAGGAGUCAGAGGAGGAGGCUGACUGAGGAGGAGGAGUCAGAGACCAGCGGAAGCCUUAUGGUGUGAAGAGGCUAUAUGAUACAGCUUUUUGUUUCCCCACCUGACCCCCGCCCCCUUCACCCCUCAUUAUGAUAUGCAUAUUCUAACCACUGCAACAAUUCAUUCCGCUAUCAAGUUUUUGCCAUGUUUAGCCAAUGCAUGUUUAGUUUUAUAUUCACUCAUAGCUCUUUAUUUUUUUGGGGGGGGGGUUUGUUUGGCUCUGAUUUAGCUCAAGGUCUUAAGCGUAUAACGGUUUACAUCUGUUCAAAGAGCCCGUUGGAGAUCAAUGCAGCAGCUCUGAACAUGGGCCUCUUGUGUUGCUGUAUUAGUAAUGUAUUGCAAAGGGCCUGUUUCCUGCUGCUCUCCUGCUUUUUGUGUUAACCGACUAGCAACACUGUAGAGAUGCACUUUGCUCAACGUCAUGCUGAGUCGUUGCAAUAUAUUCACACUCAUCCCUUUGAUUGUUACAAAGAACCCUUAACUGUAAUCAUUGGUUACCAUAACUUUAAUAGUUAUUGCUUGUGUUUCUACCUCCUUGUUAUGGGCAUCAUGUGCUAGAGUUGAAUUACUUCAUGUCCCAUUUCAGAUGAACAUGCAUAGAUGAGUCUGGACUGAUGCACAAGUCUGUAAUAAACAAAAAAUACCUGGUUUACUUGCACAACAUAACCCUGAUUGUAAAAUAAAUAAAAUUUGCCCUUUUUUAA